AUGUCCGUUUUAGAAGACCGCAUUGCUUACAAAGAGUAUAAUCCUGGACCGUAUCUAUUUGGUGAUUUUACUCCAUUUUACGUAACAAUCACUAUCUGCUCAAUAAUUGGACUCUUUCUAAUUAUCCUGAACGUUACAUUUUGCUGGUGCUCACGGCAUCAAAACUACUGGCAAAAUCGACACACGGGAAAUCGGUGGAUUCAGCCUCUCUGGACAGUAACGCCCCACAAUACUCCUCCACUCGAUCUUUCUGAAUUGGAACAGGGAUCUCGUCGUUACGUUUACCAGAGACCGCAAGUUGUUCAAUAUCAACAAGACGAAUUGGACGUGGCAACUAGAGACCCAGAGGAGUAUAUUGAAUUACACAAACGAGAAAGCGAAAUCUAA